CUCUCUCUCUCUCUCUCUCUGAUCAUCUCCCUUAAGCUUCCACACCCACACACUGAGUGUGUUCAUUCAAAAUUUCUACCUUUUUUCAUUUAAGCUCUAGUAAAGCAGCAAUAUUUGGCUACACAGAGCAUAGUUUCUUACUUCUUAGACCCCAUCAAGGGAGUACAUCUCUCACACACAGCAAUUUCGUGUGGGAGCACGCUCAGUGGUGUGUGCAGCGUGUGAAUGUGAGCACACUCAGAGAUGGGCUGUUUGCAGUCCAAAACUGCCAAUGUUCAGUCGCCUGACCAAGAACCCUCGCAGCCGGAGUCCAAACCAGAUCUGGCAAAUGUGGAUCAAAUGGAUCAAGAUCAAGUGCCCGCCUUCAAGGAAUUCGGACUUGCAGAACUUCGUGCUGCCACAAACGGUUUCAGCAGUGAACUUAUAGUUUCAGAGAGUGGUGAGAAAGCUCCAAAUGUUGUCUACAGAGGUAAGCUUAGGAGUAACAGGCUUGUCGCCAUCAAGCGUUUUUCGAAGCAGUCGUGGCCCGAUCCUCAGCAGUUUGUGGCAGAGGCUGCUGGAGUUGGCAAGGUUCGGCAUAAGAGAUUGGUUAACUUAAUCGGAUGCUGUGCUGAAGGCGAUGAACGCCUAUUAGUUGCAGAGUACAUGCCUAAUGAUACGCUUUCAAAACACCUUUUUCACUGGGAUAAGAAGCCUCUGGCAUGGGAAAUGCGGGUGAGAGUUGCGUAUCACAUAGCACAAGCUCUUGACCAUUGCAAUACUGAGAAUAGGAAAGUCUAUCAUGACUUGAAUGCCUACAGGGUUCUUUUUGAUGAGGACGGUGAUCCUAGGUUAUCAAGUUUUGGCUUGAUGAAAAAUAGUCGGGAUGGGAAGAGUUAUAGCACAAAUUUGGCUUACACUCCCCCUGAGUUUUUGAGAACAGGCAGGGUCAUUCCAGAGAGUGUGAUAUACAGUUAUGGAACUGUUCUUCUGGAUCUUUUGAGCGGAAAACAUAUCCCGCCUAGUCAUGCUUUGGAUUUGAUAAGGGGCAAAAAUGUCUUAAUGCUGAUGGACUCAUCCCUGGAAGGACAAUACGCCAACGAAGAUGCAACUGCAUUGGUUGAGCUCGCCUCAAAGUGCCUUCAGUAUGAAGCCCGAGAUAGGCCCGAUGUUAAGUUUCUUCUUACUUCAGUUGCACCCCUUCAAAAACAGACACAAGUAGCAUCACAUGUUCUGAUGGACCUAGCAAAGAACCCUGUGGUUCUACCAACAAUGCUUUCUCCUCUUGGGAAGGCUUGUGCAAGAAUGGAUCUUACUGCAGUGCACGACAUUUUGCUGAAAACGGGCUAUAAAGAUGAAGAGGGAGCUGAGAAUGAGCUUUCGUUCCAAGAAUGGACACAGCAAGUUCAAGACAUGCUGAACACGAAAAAGUUUGGAGAUAUUGCAUUCAGGGACAAGGAUUUUAAGAGCGCAAUCGAAUACUAUUCCAAGCUGGUAUCAAUGAUGUCGGUACCUUCUGGGACAGUAUUCGCUAGACGGGCCCUUUCCUACUUGAUGAUGGGCCAGCCCGAGCUGGCCCUUAGGGAUGCCAUGCAGGCUCAAGUUUGCCUGCCUGAGUGGCCCACAGCCUUCUACUUGCAGGCUCUUGCCUUAUCUAAGCUGGGGAUGGAGACAGAUGCCCAAGACAUGCUCAAUGAUGGAGCCUCUUUUGAGGCGAAGAAGCUAAACAGCUGGCGAAACUAAGAAAUUUACUCGAGAAAAUUAGACGCUCUAAGAUGGGCAGUGUUUGGAUGAUCGUAUUUAUCGAAGAGUACUUGUGAUUCGAAAAAGCUAUAUCACAAUUACAUGCUAUGUAUUAAAUCACUUUUAACUAGGCCUGUUUAUGAUUGGGUUUGUUCAUGCAUGUGUGUUUUGUUGUUUUAUGAGAAGUUUAUUCUAAUAUAGAUUUGGUUGUGAGCAGAUUAUGUAUGUAUCUUCGGGCCUGGAUCCGGGUUGGGUCUGACUUGGCCCGAGAUUGGGCCCAAGUCCUUAUUUUUUCCGGGCUUCUGGAAUCUGUAACUUCGGUUUAUGUGGGUAGUCUUUUGAUUGCUAUUCUUGAGAUGUAGCUUUACUAUAUGAAGAAAUGUGGU